CGCGUCUAAUCUCUACGAAUCCUUAUACAGUUUCUGCAUCUAUGAACUCUCGGAAAAUGAGAUUUGAUCCAACAAUAUGAGAUCACAAAUGUUCCUCCGAUCAUUCAUUCACCUCUCCUCAAAACCCUCAUGGAAGCACCACCGUUCCUACUCCUCCGAAUUCAACAUCUCCACCGAAGUCAUCACAAUCUUAUCCAAACACAAACCCAUAGAGCCAUCUCUAGAGCCCCUCGUCCCCUUCCUAUCACCCAAAACCAUCACAUCGAUAAUCAAAGACCAAAUCAACCCCCAAUUAGGUUUCCGUCUCUUCAUAUGGGCUUCGAGGAGAGAGCGUCUAAGGAGCAAAGAGUCUUUCUCUCUACUCAUCGAUUUGUUAUCUAAAGACAACGGAUUCGAUCUAUACUGGGAGACGUUAGAGGAGAUUAAAUCGAGAGGAGUCUCUAUAGAUUCUUACUGUUUCUGUGCGUUGAUCUCGGCUUAUGCGAAGAUGGGUUUGGCGGAGAAGGCGGUGGAGUCGUUUGGGAGGAUGAAGGAGUUCGAUUGCAGACCCGAUGUGUUCACUUACAACGCGGUGUUACGUGUCAUGAUGAGGAAAGAAGUGUUUUUUAUGUUGGGUUUCGCUGUUUACAACGAGAUGUUGAAGUGUAACUGCGCGCCGAAUCGGUAUACGUUUGGUGUUUUGAUGGAUGGGUUGUUUAAGAAAGGGAGGAUGGGUGAUGCACAGAAGAUGUUCGACGAUAUGACUGCGAGAGGGAUUCUUCCUAAUAGAGUUACUUACACGAUUCUUAUCUCGGGGUUGUGUCAGAGAGGGAUGGUUGAAGAAGCGAGGAAGCUGUUUGAGGAGAUGAAAGGGAGCGGUCAGGGUUUUGAUUCCGUUGCGUGUAAUGCUUUGCUUGAUGGGUUUUGUAAGUUGGGUAGGAUGGGUGAGGCGUUUGAGUUGUUGAGGAUGUUUGAGAAGGAUGGGUUUGUGCUUGGUCUUCGAGGUUAUAGUAGUUUGAUUGAUGGGUUGUUUAGAGGUGGGAGGUAUGAUGAGGGGUUUGAGUUGUAUGAGAUUAUGCUGAAGAAGAAUAUCAAGCCUGAUGUUGUUUUGUAUACGAUAUUGAUUCAAGGGUUAUGCAAAGCUGGGAAGAUUGAGGAUGCGUUGAAGCUGUUAAGCAGCAUGCCGAGUAAGGGUGUUUCCCCUGAUACAUACUGCUACAAUGCUGUUAUAAAGGCUUUAUGUGAGCAGGGGCUUUUGGAAGAGGCUAGGUCUCUUCAUCUGGAGAUGUCGGAAACGGAAUCCUUCCCUGAUGAGUUCACACAUACGAUCCUGAUUUGUAGUAUGUGCAGGAAUGGGCUAGUUAGGAAAGCUGAAGAAAUUUUCAAGGAGAUUGAGAAGAGAGGCUGUUCUCCUUCGGUUGCUACUUUUAAUGCUUUGAUAGAUGGACUCUGCAAGUCUGGUGAGCUCAAGGAAGCUAGGUUAUUGUUGCAUAAAAUGGAGGUAGGGAGACCUGCUUCCUUGUUUCUACGGCUUUCGCAUAGUGGGAACAGGAGUUUUGACACCAUGGUUGAAUCUGGUUCGAUUCUCAAGGCGUACAAGGACCUUGCACAUCUUGCUGAUACUGGGAGUUCGCCUGACAUUGUAACUUACAACGUUCUGAUAAAUGGGUUCUGCAAAGAGGGAAACAUUGAUGGUGCUCUCAAGCUGCUCAAUGUGCUUCAACUAAAGGGUUUAUCCCCUGACAGCGUCACUUACAACACCCUCAUCAGCGGACUUCACAGAGUUGGCAGAGAAGAAGAAGCUUUUAAACUCUUUUACGCGAAAGAUGACUUUAGACACAGUCCCGCUGUUUACAGAUCGCUCAUGACAUGGUCAUGUCGGAAAAGAAAGAUUAUGGUCGCUGUUAGUCUAUGGUUGAAAUACCUGAAGAAGAUAUCAUGUCUUGACGAUGAAGCAGCUAAUGAGAUUGAACAAUGUUUCAAGGAAGGGGAAACGGAGAGAGCUUUAAGACGGCUAAUCGAAUUGGAUACGAGUAGAGAAGAGUUCAGUUUCGGACCUUACACGAUAUGGCUGAUAGGGUUAUGCCAAGCCGGGAGAUUUCAAGAGGCCUUGAUGGUGUUUUCGGUUUUAAGGGAGAAGAAGAUCCUCGUAACACCUCCAAGCUGUGUCAAACUGAUUCAUGGACUCUGCAAAAGAGAACAACUUGAUGCAGCGGUAGAUGUGUUCACAUACACUCUAGAUAACAACUUCAAGCUGAUGCCUAGAGUGUGUAACUACCUACUAAGCUCUCUCCUGCAAACCAGAGACAGAUUGGGGAUUGUUUCUCAACUUACAAACAGAAUGGAACUUGCAGGUUAUGAUGUUGACUCAAUGCUUCGAUAUAAGGUUUUGAAACGUCUUAGACAUAGAAAAAGUCGGAUCCUGGUAGGUACUUAGGUGAUGAAAUGAUACAUAAAAGGUUUAUUUACAUUACAUCAGCGUUUUGUCGAGAAGAGAAAUGAGUUUUGAUUCAGUCUGUCUUUAGCUUGACAUUACAUUAUAGAGUAGACGAUCUCUGAAACUAGAAGCUAAAGGGAAAAUGAGAAGAGGGCCAAGUGUGAAGUUGUAGGCAAGGUUAUAAGGGGGGAAAGAUGGUGAUACGUAAAUGCUUUGUAUGCAUUAUUUAUAGAGUCAGUUCUUGGAAAUUUUCAUUGUUGUACACUGAUUUGUUUUGUAAUGAUUCCUUAUGAUGUUAAAUCUCUUUUGAAAUAAAGACUAAACAUGUCUGAGUCUCCUGUUUGUUUAUACACAAAUGAAUCCCUG